AUGAAAUUGGCAUGGUGUUUCCCGGGACCUAUCGAGGGCCUUCAUGAUCUCAGUCCUGCUUCCCUUCGUGUCUUCAAAGAGGUCGUUUCCGGGCUUGCGAAGGAAGACGCGAAGAAUAUUUCUGAAGACCAAUGGGUCGUACACAAGCCCGUGCUCUGGCUCGGUGCAGCACGGGACGCCGUCUGCGUCCCUCAGCUUCGGCAGCCAGAUCCAGCAUUUGUUACCAAUGUCACGUCUAAGGUUAUUGAUGUUGGUCACUGGCUUAUGUUUGAUGCUGAGAACGAGGUUAAUUCUGAGUUGGAGGCCUGGCUUGAGAGACUGUAG